AUGCUGCAAGGUAUUCUACCUGACACACCUGCAGUGGACAAGGAGGUCGCUCGGCGAACGGCGAAUAAGUUCUGGGACGUAUGGACUGACCAAAACAUCCGGGGGUGGGGACGUCCUGUACUGGCAAUCAACUCGGCUCGCAUUGGGAAUCCUGAGCGUGCGAUAUAUCACUUGACAGCAUACGAUUAUUGGAAGUUUGAUGACGCCGGUAAGCAAGAUCACAAGCUUUACGAAAUGCGUAGGAUGAGACUGAGUCAUCCGGCUGUAGGAUUCGCCAUUCGUGGUGGUGACGGCAACACGCCACCCCCAUUUAUGCCUGGCAAUGCUGGGUUCCUCUUAGCCGUGGCGUACAUGGCUAAAGGAUGGGACGGAUCGAAGCGCGAUGCGCCUGGGUUCCCUGAAGAUGACGGGUGGGUAGUAAGGCAUGAGGGGCUUCGCAAGGCGAUGUGA